GUCAUCGGCUGACUUGAGGAUCCUCUGCGAGACAAUGCCGUUGACUAUGAUGAUGAUGCAGUCAUCGUGAUAGUCGUCAAAUUAAUUAAUUUCAAGCAUCAUUGGGGAGAUGGUGCAGUCGCUCAGCCGCUCCAUCCUUGCGCCCACAACGUCAUCCUCCCAUCCUCCAGCCCUGCACGUUGAAUCCCCACACCUCCAAACAAACGGCCAUACAUCAUUGCUGGUCUUCUUUUUGCCUUUUCUUUCUUUUCUUUUUCUAGAGUUUAGGGUUUCCCUUUUCUUUUCCCUCCGGAGUGUACUCCCUUACUUUUCCUUUUUGCAUGUUCAAUUGACUGUCAACACUGUCUGUCUGUCUGUUGUGUCCGCUCUCCGGCCGACUGACGAAUUGCCCCAUCCAGCAAUCCUAACGAAGACCAGUCCUUCUGUUUCUUCGCCUCCCGCAUUCGGGGUCCUUUUGUAUGUAAACCAAGUCAUGCCACUCUGUCCGCGUUUUGCCAAUCUAACAGUCACUCUGGGCUGGUAGGAAUUAUAUCAAUCCCAUCCACUACAUUUUCUCACACACCUUAACCCCGCCAUCCCAUCUUUAUACUCCGUUGACUACCA